AUGUUUACAAAGCUUACGCUGAACAAGCACGCUACCAAAAGCAAUACGUUCGAUGGCCUCAAGGAGGAGACCUUAGUGAAGCUGGACGAAGACCUCGACACGCUCAAGUUCCUGCAGCGUCUGGGCGAAGUCCACAUGAUCGAAUCUCACUUCAGCGCUCUCACCCAGGUUUGUCACGACUAUCUAUGGACCAAGACCACCGUCGAGCGCGCCUUUCGAAAGUACCCGCGCGAUAGGGCUACCAGUUCGGACAAGAAGAUCUUCCGAGAGGUGCUCAUCCUGCUGUACAAGUACGUCACCAAGAGCAUCAUAAUGCUGCUCACGCAGGUCGGCAUCCGGUGUCCCCAUAACGCUACGGCCGAGUUGGCUCAGGUGCUUGAGCACCUGCUCAAAAGCGUCCAGAGCAUCGCUCACCACGAGUCUCUGCAGGCUCCGCAGAGCAAGUUCGCCGUCAUGAACGUUCGCCUGCUGGCCAAGGUGGCUCGGCCCAAGGACGCGGACGUCGAGUUCAUCAUGGUCAUGAGGGCCAUGAAGAGAGAGUUGGGUCAGCGGAAGAACACCAUCAAGGCUAGCUCCUGGUUGUCCCUCAGCAUGAAGCGCUGA